UACUGCUUCGUCAUGAUGCCGGCUAAUUCUCCCCUUGUCGGGGAAGGGACUGAGCCAGCAGCGAGCCGGGGACAGGCGAGCGGCACCCACGCGGCCACCGCCGCCCCCCCGGGCACCCACGCUCCCCUCCACCCUCCCACCCGCGCUCCACGCAGCCUCCCCGCACGCCCGCCCGCCCUCCCCGCCGCGGUUAUCGCCCGCCGGGGCUGGCGGGGGCAGAUAGGAGCCCGCUCGCCCGUUCGCCCGCCCGCUAGCCCGCCCGCGCCGCCGCCGCGCUCUCGGAUGCGCCGCAGCCGCCGCAGCCCCGCUAGCCCAGGCGAGAGUCAGCGGCCGGGCGAGCGGAGCCAGCGCAGGGCAGCCCCGCAGCCCCCGCGGCCGCAGGGAUGCGCCGCGCCCGGCCUUAGAGGGACCUCCCGAGCCCCAGCGCGGUGCCGGCGCCCAGGGGGAUGCGCGGCCACAGAGCAGCCACUGACCUCCCCUGGGAGCGUCUGCUCUUCCCGCGGGUCCAGCGUUCCCGGAUCCCCCUCCAGCAUCGUGGCCAAAAUGGACAACGAGGUCCUGGGCUACAAGGACCUGGCUGCCCUCCCGAAGGACAAAGCCAUCCUGGACAUCGAGCGCCCCGACCUGAUGAUCUACGAACCCCAUUUCACCUACUCGCUCAUGGAGCACGUGGAACUGCCCCGGAGCCGGGAGCGUUCCCUGUCUCCCAAAUCCAUGUCUCCUCCUCCGUCUCCGGAGGUGAUCCGGGAGUGGCUGGAGAGCCGCCCCCCCAGCAGCACCCCGCUGCCCCCCUCGCGCCAGGGCACCGCGCCCACCCGCAGCAGCGUCCAGCACUUCCACCGCCCCGAGACAGACACCACAGAGCUCAACAUCUACAAGAAGCCCCCGAUCUACCGGCAGAAAGACCACCAUUCCAGCGCCCACCACGGGAAGCACCUCAUAGAGGACCUGAUCAUCGAAUCCUCCAAAUUCCCGGCGGCGCAGCCCCCGGACCCCAACCAGCCCGCCAAGAUCGAGACCGACUACUGGCCCUGCCCGCCGUCCCUGGCCGUCGUGGAGACGGAGUGGAGGAGGCGGAUGGCGUCCAAGAGGGGCGAGGAGGAGGAGGAGGACCUGACGGAGGAGAUGAAGAACCUGCGGGAGCUCCAGCGGCAGGAGCUGAGCAAGGUCACCUCCAACCUCGGGAAGAUGAUCCUCAAGGAGGAGAUGGAGAAGUCUCUGCCCAUCCGGAGGAAAACUCGCUCGCUGCCCGACCGGACGCCUUUCCACACGUCCCUCCACUCGAGCUCCAAGAGCUCCUCCCUCCCCGCCUCCGGCCGGAGCACCCUCACCCGGCUGCAGUCUGCAGAGUUCGGCUCGGCGGGGAGCGAGAAGGGCAGCCCUGCCCUGCAGAACGGCCAGCGCGGGCGCAUGGACAGAGGGAACUCCCUGCCCAGCAUGCUGGAGCAGAAGAUCUACCCCUAUGAGAUGCUGAUGGUGACGAACCGAGGCCGAGUGAAGCUCCCGCCCGGCGUGGACAGGACCAGGCUGGAGCGACACCUGUCCCGCGAGGACUUCCUGAAGGUGUUCGAGAUGUCCCCGGAGGAGUUUGGCAAGCUGGCGCUGUGGAAGCGCAACGAGCUGAAGAAGAAAGCCUUCCUCUUCUGAGCCCAGCCCGCCCCGUGCCGCGCCGUGGAACCGCUUUGGGGCUCUCAGCCGGUUUUUACUGGGGUCCCCCCCACUUUCCUCUCACCCCCAGCCCCUCAAAUCUGCCCCCGCCCCGCCUGACUCCUCCCGCAGGGGAGGGGGCUGGGGGGGCUGGAACCUGCCUGGCCCGGGGUGGCAGGGCUGGGGCAGCCCCUGCCCCACGGCGGGCACGGUUCGGCCGGGAGGGGAGGUUUGGGGGGGUCUCUGGGCUUUGUGCCCCCCAUUUCUCCCCGGGAACGAGCCUGGCUCUGCUUUGGCCCGGCCGGGAGCGUGCUGGCUCCACUGGGGGGAUGCUGGAGGGGUCCCCUCCUCCCUGGCGGUGCUCUGUCCCCAGCCCCGCACCCCCGGGUGCCCCCCAAGGUGCCCCUGUCCCCCAGCCCAAGGCUUGGGAAGAGCCGACACUGCCAGACCGACGCCCCCACAGCAACGCCAGGCCCCAACCCCCCCUGCAGCCCCCCGGGUUUGUCCCCCCCACUCAGCCCAGGCCCCUCCUGUGCCAGGUGCUGCAGCGAGGACCCCGAGGACACUGCCAAACCCCCCCGGGCUGGGCA